GAAGGAGGAGGGAGAGGAGGAGGAGGAGGGAGGACACGGGUGGCGUUUGCUGCUGCUGGGCAGAGAGGAGUCGUGCAGGCUGCGGCUGUACUCGGACUCCACAUUCCCUCAAUACGGGACUGGUGGUGAGGAUGUGCGAGAGCUGACCCUGCCGCUGCCGCCGCCUGUGCUGUGAAGUGUCUACUCCUCCUCCUCCUCUUCCUCCUCCUCCCCUGCUGUGGGUGAACCUGCGCUACGGGCUCUUCACUGACACGGGAGGGGGAGAUCGGUUUGUGUAUUUGUUUAAGGCAAAGAGAGAGAAAGCGAGAGAUCUGCUGCCCACUGAAGCACAGUUCACUAUGGUCGUACUCGCAUUCAGCAUUGGAAGCCGGUUGGAUUUCGUGUCUCAGUCCAGGGUGUUUUUCUUGCAAACGUUCCUUUGGAUUUUAUGUGCUACAGUGUGCAAAGCGGAGCAGUAUUUCAAUGUGGAGGUAUGGUUACAAAAGUAUGGCUACCUUCCACCAACUGACCCCCGAAUGUCGGUGUUGCGCUCUGCAGAAACCAUGCAAUCAGCUAUAGCUGCAAUGCAGCAGUUCUAUGGCAUUAAUAUGACAGGAAAAGUGGACAGGAACACAAUUGACUGGAUGAAGAAACCACGGUGUGGUGUGCCUGACCAAACAAGAGGUAGCUCCAGAUUUAACAUUCGGCGGAAACGCUAUGCGUUAACAGGACAGAAGUGGCAACACAAACAUAUCACUUACAGCAUAAAGAACGUCACUCCAAAAGUAGGUGAUGCUGAAACCCGUAAAGCCAUUCGCCGUGCCUUCGAUGUGUGGCAGAAUGUAACUCCUUUAACUUUUGAAGAAGUUCCUUAUAUUGAAUUAGAAAAUGGCAAGAGGGACGUGGAUAUUACGAUCAUUUUUGCAUCGGGUUUUCAUGGAGACAGUUCUCCCUUUGAUGGGGAAGGAGGAUUUUUGGCUCAUGCAUAUUUCCCUGGGCCAGGAAUAGGGGGAGACACUCAUUUUGACUCAGAUGAGCCAUGGACUUUGGGAAAUCCCAAUCAUGAUGGAAAUGAUCUGUUUCUAGUUGCAGUGCAUGAACUGGGACAUGCUCUGGGUUUGGAGCACUCUAAUGACCCCACUGCGAUCAUGGCUCCAUUUUACCAAUAUAUGGAAACCGACAACUUCAAACUGCCUAAUGAUGAUUUACAGGGCAUCCAGAAGAUAUAUGGUCCACCUGACAGGAUCCCACCACCAACAAGACCUCUGCCAACAGUGCCCCCACAUCGCUCAAUUCCUCCAGCAGACCCACGGAAGAAUGACAGGCAACCUAAACCUCCUCGGCCACCCACUGGUGACAAACCUUCCUAUCCUGGAGCCAAGCCUAACAUCUGCGAUGGGAACUUCAACACUCUGGCUAUUCUUCGCCGGGAAAUGUUUGUUUUCAAGGAUCAGUGGUUCUGGCGAGUCAGAAACAACAGGGUGAUGGAUGGAUACCCCAUGCAAAUUACCUACUUCUGGAGGGGACUGCCUCCCAACAUUGAUGCAGUUUAUGAAAACAGUGAGGGGAAUUUUGUCUUCUUUAAAGGUAACAAGUUCUGGGUUUUCAAGGACACUACUCUCCAGCCAGGUUACCCUCACGAUUUGAUAACACUUGGAAGUGGAAUUCCUUCCCAUGGCAUCGAUUCAGCAAUUUGGUGGGAAGAUGUUGGAAAAACCUACUUCUUCAAAGGAGAUAGGUACUGGAGAUACAGUGAAGAAAUGAGAUCCAUGGAUCCUGGUUAUCCCAAACCAAUCACAAUUUGGAAAGGUAUCCCAGAAUCCCCUCAGGGAGCCUUCGUCCACAAAGAAAAUGGCUUCACAUAUUUCUACAAAGGAAAAGAGUACUGGAAAUUCAAUAACCAGAUGCUCAGGGUGGAACCUGGCUACCCCAGAUCCAUCCUCAAGGAUUUUAUGGGUUGUGAUGGACCAACAGAUCGCGACAAAGACCGACACAGCCCUCAAGAUGACGUUGACAUUGUCAUCAAACUGGACAACACAGCCAGCACUGUGAAAGCCAUAGCCAUCGUCAUUCCCUGCAUCUUGGCCUUGUGCCUCCUUGUCUUGGUUUACACUGUGUUCCAGUUCAAAAGGAAAGGAACACCCCGCCACAUACUGUACUGCAAACGCUCUAUGCAAGAGUGGGUGUGAUAUAGGGAUCUAGUUUUUUUUUCUUUCCCUCCCAGGAGUUGUGGUAACUUGAGAGUCAACACAAGAGCUGUUAUGCAGUUUCCUAGGUAGAAGCGGGCAUCUGUCAGUCUGAAACAAAGCUGAUCUUUCAAAACCCAGGGGGUUGCCUGUCCUGCGCGUGAGCGGCCAAUCGCUCAGCUGGGAAGCUUCCAUGAUACACAGUAUCUGCUGUUUCUUCAGUCCUUUGUCUUUCUUUGUCAUUUGAUUCUAGGCCUUUCCUCUGCACGUUCAAUGCCCUACAAACUAUCAGGAUUAACUAAUGAAGAGGAAAACCAAGCAGAUCUCCAGUGUUUCUACAUUUUUUCCCUUAAGGCCUGUUCCCCUUUGAAAAAUUUUUUGCUGAAAGUAAAUUUUUUUAGAAAAAAAAAAAAAACAACCAAACAAACACACAACAACCCACAACAGAACUUUCAGGAAAGAGAGAAGAUCCAAAACAGCUUUGUCUCCAAAGAGGAUUGCUUUCUGUUUGCUACGGAUAAAGUCCUAUGCUCCUGCUUCCAGUUUUGUCAGGUGGGAGACUCGGAUGACACACAGGACUUCAGACUGUUCGGACAGCCAUUUUCCAACAAACAAGGGGCCAAAAUAUCUGCAAUAUAGUAACAGCCUUAAUAAUACAUUCAUUUUGUGUUUUUUACAGCUGCUCUGGGCUAUGUCCUCAAUGUUUUAAACUCAUUUCUAUUCAUUACAAUAUUCAAGCAGAACCUUUUUAUUGGUUUGUUUGGUUUUUCAGUUGGUUUUCCUGCAUAAUCUUUCCCAAGAUGUACCAAGCCAACUGCCCCAGGCCUUCCAUAGGUCUGUCAGGAGCACUCAUUCCAAAGCAUGGUAAAAACGCAGUGUGUCUCUGAAGUGGAUUUCAGUGAACUAAAGCAACAGUCAUGCUGUAGAGAAACUUGAUGCUCGUGUUACAUUGGUGGUGUAACCCUUUGAGAACUACUGCAUCCGUUUUCAGAGUCUGGUAGAUGUUGAUCUUGGUUGUCAUUAAAUUAUAGGAUUGUGUUUGGGUAAUUCAGGGUUUUUAAAGAGAAUCAGUUUUUCAAAACACAUUUCCUGUGACUGCAAGUGAGUAUUUUGAAUUAUUUGCAUUAUUGAUAGAGAUUUGUAAUAUAAAUAGAAGGGGAAAAAAAAACCACAAAAACAAAACCCCAGCUAUUUUCUGGAUAAAGGACCCAAGCCUAUUUUAGUAACUUCUACCACUUACCAAGGAUUUUUCUGAAUGGGCAACAGUUUUAUAGCUUAGCCUCUUGUCUUAAGCAUCUUGAAUUUCUCUUUUAAACUACGUUGCAUGACAAUUCCGUUUGCCUCUGCAGAGAUAGGGUUACAGUUUCAAAGGAAAGCUAAAAUGAUGAUUCUGAUAUUGCAUGAGUAUCCUCCAGUGUUUUACCCCUUUGCAUGUUCAACAUAGUUCUCAAAGGGUUAGUCAAAUUUCUGGCCUUCAGGUGAAUGUGAUAUCACUGACAGAGCCAAGGGACCACCAAAGCAUUUUGUCAUUCUGUGUAAUUUGUGCUAACAGCAGUAUUGUCAUUUUCAUGUGACCUGCAGAGCAGGUUAGUAUCAAUAAUUUUUUUCCUAGAGAAAAGUCAGCAACUGACAGACCUCUUUAUUGAUUUAAGGAGCUGCUUCUUGCAGUGAUAGGCUUUACAGUCACUGGGCUGUGAACUUAUUAAAGAUGGUCAGAAUGAUGCACCCCAAAAGUCAGACACCUGGUUUUUUAUGAAAGCCAGGAUUUGAGGGGAGUAGCUUUUGCAACAAUUAACAGCUUGCCUUGAACUUGAUUAUUGACCUGUUGACUGUCAUUACCAAGUUAAACAUUGUCUUCUGUGAACAGCUUCACUCUCUGAAUUUCCUCAAAGUGUACUGUCCUAUGUCUUUGAUCUUUGACCUUUAACUCGCAAACUGGCACAAACCGAAGGGAAUCUGGUGUUGUGAAUUAACUGAGAUGAGUUUUAUUUCUUAAAGGCCUGAUAUGCAUUAUCCUAAAUUUGAGGAAAAACAAACAAACACAAACCCAAAAUAUUGAUAUGUUUUCAUAGAAAAGAACUGACACAAACUGAAAUAUUUAUGAUAGAUCUGUAGAAGGGUAUUUUGCUAUGUAUACAUGCACACUCUAAAAAUGGACUACAGUAGAAGUUGAUUUUUAUUUCACUUGAAUACGAUUUCCAGUACAAAAAAAAUCAAUAUCAUUUCUACAAAUAUCUAGUUAUUAAUGAAAAUGUUAUAGGAAAAUAUUAAAAUACUUGAAAUGGCCAAUAUUGGCUUUUACAUGAAAUGAAACUUUUAUACUACCUUCAGCCAAUUUCUUACUGGUUUCUUAAUCCACAGAACUGGAUCACUUUUUAGAGAGUGUAGGUAUAUAUACAUAUAUAUUAUGGUUAUUAUUAUUUUGGUAAUGGAUAGCUUGACUGCCUUGAAUUUAUAUUUAUAUUGAGCAUAGCAUGAAAAAUAGUAUGCCUUUUUGUUCAAUUACAUGAUUUUAUAUUGAUUUGAGAACUUCUUUUAUGAACAUAUGUGGCAUGCUUUAAAGCAUUGCAAACUUAUUUCUUAGAGCAUAAACAGAUCAGAUAUACAUAUGUACGGCUAACAAAAGUGAAGAUUAGGAAAAGAGUUAGUUUUACAACAAAUGUGCAAUGCAGAUGGCAUUUUGGAGAUGUUUUGUAGAGGUACUGCAUCCUGUAGAUUAGGAGUGCAUCAGUAUCAGCCCAUAGCAUUGUUUAGUAAAUCCAGUUCAGUUGUUGCUGAAAAUGUAGACUAAUUGACAGUUAAAUAACAUAGGAUAUUUGCUGCACAUCAUGUGGUGAAUUUGGAAUUCUCUGACUGUCCUAUUUUCAAGUGUGUGUGUGUUUAUGUACUUGUAAAUGCACACAACUGCACAUGUACACAGACAAUACAUAUUUUAAUCCAUGGAGAGGUUUUUACCAUUGGCAACCUACAAUAAUUUAUGUUCUGCUACAGACAGAACAAAAUUAUUUAUGUUGCUGUUGCAUUUUUUUUUCCCUUUGCAUAGUUGGUGGAAAAUACCAACAGCACUACUUGGUUUAUAUUUGGUUUUCCUCCACAAUAGAAAAAUAUUCUGUAUUAUCUUCAAAUCAGGACAGCAUCUCAUCUGUUUUUUUGGGUUUGGGUUCAGUGGGAGUUGGGGGUGUUUGUUUUGGUUAGGUUUUGGGAUGUUGUUGUUUUGUUUUUCUUUUAUUUACUUGAAAACUUCAUUUUUAAAACAUCCUUCAUGGCAGAUUUAACUUUUUGUGCAUCUAUUUCCCUGCCAGUAAUGAAGUGCUGAGCAUGUUGACUGUUGUUCUUUGAUAAGGUAACAAAAAUGUUUGUAUUUGGAGAACUUUACUUAUGCAGGAAGAUAAGUGUGAUAAGUCUAGUGCUUGGUAUAUGGUACAUCAUAGCUACAUGAAUACAUGAUAAAUUGAUUGUUUCAUCUAUUUUCUUUUACUUAAAAGUGCAUACAGAUUAUAAACAGAGAGAGGCAGAAUAAUAAUGUUAUAUUGGCAUGUUUAUGUCAUGCAGAACAAGAUUGUGUCAGCAUUUCUAUUACUCCUAUUUUCACUAGGUUACCAUGCAGCCAGAAACAUUUGCUUUUAAGUAAAAGCCAUUUGAGCAAUUGUGUUCACUGUAAUUCCCAAAUACAUACUGGUUUGUUUCAAAUUAGAGAAGUUCAUAGUAAAUUAGUGAUGUUGCCUGACCUAGUUUUUAAGUCCAAUGAGAUUCUAAGACAAUGUAAAUUUUGGAAACAUUUUUCCUUUUAUUUUUUUCUUCCCCUACCAAGGCCUAUAACAAAAAAAAAAAAAAAAAAAGGAGUUUAAAAUAUUUUUUAGUUCUGCAAUCUGGGUUCCUGCUCGUGUGUCAUGACUAUUUUUCAUGAAGUUUUUAAUAAACAACUUUGGUUUGCUAUUGUACUCAUCUGUACCGUGGAACAAUAUGCAACUGAAUAUGCAUUGUGUUCGUCAGUUGCAGUCUAUCAAGCUGACUACACAGGGUCGUGUAUCUUCAGAGUGCUAUGGUCUGUAUGAUGCAGGAGGCCAGAGCAGAUGGUGGCAGUCUUUCCUCUGGCCUUUUAAUGUAUAAACCUAUGGGAAGGAUAUUGACUGUAGACAAAAAAAAAAAAAGAAAAAAAAAAGAAAAAAAAAGAAUUUUUAUCAAAAAAAAAGAAAAAAAGACAUUUAAAAAAUGAUGUAACUGUAUAUUUACUGAAUAGGCUGGGAUGGAGAGACUCAAAUGGCUCCAAAGGAGCCCUUUCAAGUCUCCUGAAUAAAUGUAAUACGUAUUUUAUAUCUUCCUAUGAAAUUUUGUUCUUUUUCUUCUUUCAAAGUGGGGCAAAGGGAGGGGAUAAGUAAAGAAAAAAGAUUUUUUUAAAGGCUAAUUUUGUGAACGAAAAAAAAAACAACAGAAGCUAAUAGAUUCAAACAUAAGGGGCAAACUUAUGCUUUUUCUUAGAAGUGUAAUUCACCUCCCCAGUGUUUUGGUCAAGACCCCUUUGCCAUUCACACUGUGGGAUAAGAACAAAGUGUAAAGGUUAAUUUUUUAAUUUGCAGCUUUUUCUUUUUUCUUUUUUUUUUUUUUUUUUUUUUUGUUGGGGGGGAAGGUGUCUUACUUCACAAUCUUAAUGUCAGUUAAAUGUAGCUUUUGGUACCAAAUUAUGUAGAGUCAAAUUCUAGCUGGUUAGAAAAAUAAAGUAUGUAGACUAGAAAGUAAGCCUGGCUAUAAGCAAUGGAAGCAUUAUGUUUCUAAUCUAGUUUUUUUUUUGCAUUUUGAACCAUCUCUAGGGCAAACCUUUAAAAAGAUACAUAGCAAACUGAUCAGUGAAUGUUCCAGGUACUGCAUUUUAAAGAAAGUAGAGGUGCAAGCUACCACACCAUUAGCAGCCUAAAGUGGAGAUAACGCAAGAUGACUGACUUGAGGAGCAAGGAGAUGACUGCAGGGGCUUACUGUGUCCUGGCUCCCCUAUCUUCUCACAACAUGCCUGGAUUUUUAUCACCAAUUGCAGAGGUGGAGGAAGAUGUGCACUGUGGCAGUAGGAGAUGUGGAGCACCCGUUACAGAAUAACAGUUCCCUGUCACCUUUUGUUGUUGUCAAGACUGUCUUUAGACACCUCUGUUUCAAGAAGUGUAAAUAGAUGACUGCAGCCCUAUGAGACUUAAGGAAAAUCAUUGUUAUCAGUGAAGGGAGCUGACCAUCUAGGUAUUUGGCUGUGCUGUACAUCAAAUGGUGUUGUGUGGGAGCUGAGGAACAGACAUCCAUUUAUUGAAUACAGCAGUAUGGCUGUGACUGAUACACCAGCACUGUGCUGUUAGGUGUACUUCCUUUGCCCACACUACUGAUUGCAGACAGAGUGGUUCACAUGAGAAAAGACCAUUUAAACAUAUGUCAGUUACAAAACUAGGUGUAAAUGCACCAUGUACUCAUGAAAUUAAUCCUUGAUUAAUGCAUCUAAAUUAAUGGAUUGUCUGGCGCUGGUCUCAUGAAAAAUGUGCGAGUCAAAUCUGUCUAACCCAUUCUUGUGGUUUGCCAUCUGAGGUGUCAGAGACUGAUAAAGACAUUAGAAAACCAUAUUGUGAAGGAUGAUCAGUAUGUGAGCACAGCAAGCACUUGUUCCUAAAACCAAAAUGUAUUUCAAAGAAGCACAUAAACAGCAUUAAACAUUUGCAUCCCCAACAGGUCUUGUUUCCCAGUAUACAUAAGCUUAAUUUUAGAGGCAGACAAGACAUAAAUGAAGAAAUUCUGUUGUCAACUAGCUUACUAAAGACAAUUCUACUUGAGUGCGCAUGUGGCAUUGUGCUGUUUGCUGUCACAGUAAAACCACAUGAACAGUGACGAUUGCAUGUACCAGCCAUGUGUGGUGGUGCAGAGCUUUCCAAUCACACUGCUUAUUUCUUCUCCUUCUACAAAAUGAUAUUGUCCACAGAUGAUGAUUAUAAUAGCCACCACAUAAGGCAAAGUUUUCUGUUUAGUUAGUAGUAAUUUCUACCCAAUGAAAUUGAAUCACAGACUUUUUAUAACUACAGCCUUAAUCUCCUUGGCAAGCUAUCAGCAUAUCAUAAUUCAUAGCUUUUCAUGCCUGUUUUUUUGUUUUGGUUUGUUGGGGUUUUUUUGGGGGGUGAUGGCUUUUGUUUUGGUUUGUUGGGGUGUUUUUUUCUGUUGCAGUAAAAUAUAUACUGAACAUUCUCUCUAUUUUGCCAUCUGGCACUAACACAUGGAAUGCUUACUUUUGUUCUGUGCCAUUCAUGUGUCCUGAACCAGCUGUUUGCCCAUCCAUCACUCUGGGAACUGGCUUUCUGGGAAGCAGGAUUAGCAACAGAAGGCUGGAAUAAAGUAACUUCCUAAAGUACCUGGUUAGCCCUUAACAAUAUGGCAGCAGAGUUUAAAGAGGUUUUAAUGAAGUAUUAUAUUACUUGCCCACCAGCAACUGAGCAGUGUAACUCAGCCAAUCAGUGCAUGCCCAGAUGGGUCCACCACUUGCAGAGAGUAGUGUGUUGAAUCAGAAAGCAAUGUUUCUAAUCCAUAUUUCCAUCCUGAUAUGCUGGUGUAAUUUACCCAGUCUACAUAUAUGUUCAUAGCUCACAUGACUGUACAUAAAAUCAUCUACCUUUCAGAAGCUGAGAGUGCUUAGAGUCAGCAGACCACCAAUGCUAAUUUGCUUCUAAGGUGUGGACAUUUUUUCCCCCUUACUAUCAGUUUACAAGCUCAAAGAGUAGGUUUUUUCCAUACUGUAAAAUUAUGGUUUCUAAUACUCUUUAUCAGUGUUCACAUUAUACCUAUAGCUCAAAAUGUGCAAUAGCUCAAAAUGUACAACUGUACAACUGGUGUAUUCUAGCUGAAAUGCACAGCCCAUAUUUAGGCAUACAAUGAAUCUAAACAGAGAUGCACAUAUUGUAUGUGCUAUGCUUGGCUAUUGCCACAAAGUUGUCAGCACUUACAUACUGAUCAUCUUCAUAUUUUAUGGGUGCAGCAUGUUGAUGUCAGCUCUGAGCAGUUUGUCUACCUGGAUAUAAGUGGAGUUAUAUAAGUCAGGAAAAGUUGUGUGUGGUGGUGUAUAUUCAGAAGACAUCAUCACCAACCUACAGUGCUGUUUAAAAAUCAUUAUGACAACUACAAGUCAUACCUGCAAGGCAUAGCUGCAGCUCGUAUCCACAUAUCUCUGUUUUAUCUUGUAUGAUGCAGUGCUCUGAGUUCUGGCCAUGCAUCAUGGGGAAGCUGAAAACUAUUAAAACAAUUUUUCAGGAUAGCCGUAGUCAGUACUCACGUAGCUCACAGAAGAAAUUGUUAUGCCAAAGAAAAUUUAAUCUUGAGUAGGAAUCCAAAAUUGAAGGGACAUGUUAUCUUCCAAAUAAUGUCUUGCAAGCUCCUUCUCCUUUUAAUGCAUUUGGUAAAACUUUAUCAACUAAAUAUAUGCCUAGCAUCCAUCUUAACUGUGUUUCCAAAGCCAUGCAGCUAUCUGUCAGUUCAUGCACAGUACUGUCUUACUGUGUCUGGUCAAGAAAAGAACAUUUUAUAGGAUAGAUCAGGGACUGUGAUCUUCCUUCUUGUUAUCUGAGACACGCAGGUCAUCCUCUGCCAUCAGCAUGCAUUCCUUUCAAGGUGGCAGUCCUUGGAUCACAGCGGUGACAAAUGUAAAUGUAAAGGAACACCCUGUUGAAAUCUUGAUUUAAAUUAGUCAUUAACUAGUUUAAAAGCUAGUAAUGAACUUUAAAAAGUUAAAUUAGUUAUAAACUUUCUUUCCAUACUUCUAAAAUGCCGAGGAAAGCGAAACAGGUCUCUUGGUCAAUGACUGCAGGCAGACACAGAAAGAGCAGCAUCUGCACAUUUCUGUUUUUCAUUUCCAGAAGAAUAUAAGAAAAGAAAUGCUAUUUUUUUUAAUUACAAUUGCAAGUACAAAAUCAGUUUGUCAGAAAAGGAAGGAGCCAAGAACCACAGACACAGCUAAAAUUACAAGUAAGUCCUAUGUUAUCAACAAUAAAAAAGAGAUAUUGUCAGGAAUUUGGUGAUAGCUUCAAAAGUAUUGAUUGGUCUCCAGCAACAAAGAUAACUGUUAAGCUGUAGAAAGUCCACUGAGUUCUCUUUUGUUGUCAUAAUUCACCAGAGAGCAGUCAGUCAAAAGGUUCCUCAGUAUAUGCUUACUCUUAACCUGACUAGAAAUACAGAAUUCAUUGUUUAUCUGCUGCAAUCAAAAAUCUUUCAAGAGGUGUAGGAAAACUAACAUUAGCCUGAAUCUGUGUGUAAAAAACUUCUCGUAAUGCAAUGUUCUUAUCUUUUCAGAAGUUAGAUCCAAAAAUGCAUCUGUAUUAAGAUCUCCACUGGAUGAAAUACUGAAGGACAAAGAAGCGCUUAUCUCUAUUAGUCUAUAUUACAUCCAUGUAUCUUUAUCUCCAUGAUAUCUCAACCUUGGAGUGUUUGAUAAACUAGAAACACAUUUGUGACCUCUGAAUGACUCAUUUAUUGUUAUUUCUUCAUGUAAAUUGAUAACUAUGAUGAAACUUCUGAUUCUUUACACUCUUUUUUUUUCACUGCACCAUGACGUUAAGGCAAAUUUUAAUCUCUCAUCCUCCUGGUAUUAAGAAAUGAUCACUAUACUAAGAAAAGAAGAAAAUGUUAGUUUGUUGUCUGCCUUAUUUAAUGACACAGAUCUUUUUACAAUCUGUCAGUAGGAAAUUCAAGGUUUUGUGUCUAUGGUGAAGAUGUGCACUCCUGUGAACAUCUGAGGCACUUGAUGUGUAUCCUUCAUGAUUUUUUUUUCUUUAUCCAUUUCCCCAACACUGGGCUGCGAGUUACUCCCUUCAGAUUGUUCAAGUCUCUAUUAUCCAUUGACACUGCCAUCCUUAAAGUCUUCUAUGGAAAUGACAUGGUACAGCCAGCACUGGCUAUCACAGGCUCAUUAUUUGCAUCCUGUGGCUACUUGCCCAGUCUUGUGUACAACAGUGCAACAGCAGAGGCCUCUCAUGUUUCUGUCAGCCAUUGCAGACCAUUUGCAUGCUUCUGUGAGAGAUGAGCAGACUACAAAGCUGCAUUUGGAAAAUGUUUCGAUUAUUUCCAGUGGUUCCAGUUCUGAUCUUUAACCUUUUCUCUUCUUUGCAUUCUGAUGCCUAUAAUCUGUAUCAUAAAUAGCACAGUUAUGAAGAGCUGUCUCUGACAUCUGCUGCUGUAAUCUGGGAAUCACUUCAUCGUGUGGUUCAGUAACAGUUGCAGAGGAAGAUGCAAGUGUUUGACUUGUGUAGGUUUAUUGCAUAAUUGUUACUGCUCCUUGCCAGUCUUGUGGUUAGUGUUCUGAGCAGUUAAAGCAUGCACAGCUGGUUUUGUCAGUGUGUAGUAAAUUAGAAUUUGAUAUGUACAAGAAGGAUACAUUGUUUUCCAUGCUUCAUACACAUUCUUCUUUCUCUUAUUUUUUGAAUAACAUGUACAUCAUUUUCUAAGUGAUAUACUCUUUCAUCUACUGGAACCUGAUUUCUUCUUUAGUUCCUCUUGUUAGGUGUUAUUUUAGCAGUUGAUUCUAUUUUCCAUCUUCUUGUCUUUUUUUCCUCCCUGCAAUUCCUUGCAAUUCUAGCAGAUAUUGUUCUGGUUCCAAUAUGUUAGCUAGAAGCUACUACAGUUGUGAUUCUUCCCACACCGUGACUUGCUUGUUCAUCCUCUGCCUUUGAGAAAAAGCCUUUCACGCAGCGACAAGGGUUUCAGUGCAAUUGUUAGGCUAUCUGUGAAAGUGUUUUGAUACUUAACUUGACCAUGAAACUCACACAUUGUUAAAUAUCAACUCUCUUCAAGCUCAAUUUCUUGAACCACCCAAGAGUUGUUCACUUAAUUUUCAAAGCCUGACAAAGAAGUCAGCAUGUGGAUGCAAAGAAUUCUCUGCAUGACACAAGUUUAUCAUUUCUAUUCCUUUUCCUCUGCAUAGCCCCACAUGCAUUUCAUGCCCAGGUUAGGCUCAUUGAGAUAUGUGUUAACAACAAAAUAACUGGAGCCAUUUAUUUGCUUUCUGCAGCUAAAUUUCAUUUUAUUAUUGUUAUUUUUAUUGUAUUGUAUUUUACAUUAUUGGCUCACACAGCAUUCUAUACAGUAACCUUUUUAUAACUGACAUAUGUUAUUCCUUCAGGUAGCUUCUACUGACAAACACAAAGCUUGUUUGUGUGCAAAUGCAAGGCUGACUAAAUGGUGCUAAAGUGUAUUAUGACUGUCGGGUAUAAUCAGGCAAAAUUUUGUGGUGCUUAGACUGAUUUUUUUUUCUGUUUUCAUUGAUUUUAUUGAUCAAUGCAUUGAACAGUGUUUUAUUACACAUAAGUUGUCUUUUAUUAUUAAAUCAAGACAUCAUAGUGCAUUGUUAAACAAUUUGGGUUAAUCUAUGUAACAGCUCACCAAGCUAUUAUAUCUUUAACUCCUUAUAAUGUUGUGUCAUUAAAGGUCAAGGAGUCAUAAUAAUAAUCUCAUUGCUGUAGACCAUUAACACAACUGAAGAUUUUCAACAAAGUACUUAUGUUUACAAUGCUAUAACCCUUUGACUGCUGCGGCAACCUUUAACCACAGAAAGUCACAUGCUAGAAUCAUCGUUAUGGUUCUUGCCAUGGCAAUCAAAGAGUUAAGGGCUGUGCAGUGAUUUGUUUUAUAUUUAUUAAUUUAUAUUUAUUUUUUUGUUUUCAUUUGAGAAAGGGGGAAUUGGGGUGGGGCAGUUCUCGUCUGCUGUAAGUGUCUUAACCAAGGGAAGGGUUAAAAUGGCUUUUUUAUACUAUUGCAUCUUAUGUACUUACCAUCCUUUCAUUGUGUUGUAAUUAAAACAAAAAAAAAAAUCUGUCAAUAAAUAAGAGAACAGGAAAAAAGUUUCAUAAAGA